UAUGGAAAAUUUCUCUCUCCAAGAGAAUACAGAAAUAGGUCAAGUCUACGAACUAGAAGCGUCGGACGCUAAUAACGACAAAUUACAGUAUGGAAUUAAGUCAUCUGUAUUCGAAGUUAAACCUCCUGGAUCCAGUCAAGUGUUUCUGAAGGGGGCGCUUGAUUACGAAAAAAAGAAAGAAUACUCAGUAACAGUGUGGGUGUCAGAUGGCAAAAUUAAUACGACUGAAAAUGUUAUAGUACAUGUUAUAAACGUAAACGACGAAUUACCAGUUUUUCAGUCUGAUUCAUAUAGUAUAGAUGUCAGAGAAGACACAGAGAUCAAUAGAACUGUACUAGCAAAUGUCAUUGUUAAGGAUGAAGAAGAAAUCGAUAGUUUAUUACAAGUUGAAUGUUAUCAACCAAAGGAGGCGUGCGAAACUUUUGAAAUUGUUCAAACUUCAGUAACAAACACAACAUGGACUGGAGAUAUUCAUCUCUUGAAAUCUCUAGAUUAUGAGAAGAGAAAGUCAUACCAGCUCGUUUUGAGAGCCACAGAUGGAAUAAACACUCGAUUAACAAGUAUCCCCGUUCGAGUUCUAAAUGUUCAGGAUACACCACCGAAAUUUCUUCCAAUGCUUACAUAUGCAAUUGAAGAGAAUUAUCCUGUAGGUAAAUCUUUUAUGACCAUUCAGGCUGUUGAUGGAGAUGGCGAAAGACCAAUUCGAUACUUCCUUGAACCAGAAUUCACUUUGGAUAUGUUCAACUUGGAUCCAGUUACAGGAAAUCUUAGUCCAAGAAGGCCGAUGGACAGAGAAAAUAUAAGACUUAAUAACGGAUUUAUAAAGGUGACUUUUUUCAAGGCUAGAGAAGUGCUUGAGGGUGGUGGCUUAGGUAAUGAUGAAUUAACGCAAACCCGUACAGAGAUCACUCUGACCAUUGUUGAUCAAAACGACAAUGCUCCAAAAUUUAAAAAAACUAACUAUGAAAUUGAGCUUGAAGCUAGCAAAAUAACUGAUGGUUAUUUUUUACCCCGAGUCUUCCUGAAUGUAACUGAUCCUGAUAGUUCUAUUAAUGGUCAUUUUAAGAUUUUCUUAUUAAACUUUGAUGACAUGUUUCAAGUUAUUCCAAACGAAGGAAUAAAUAACCUAUUGUCAAAAAUUCAAAUAAGAAAUGCUACAAAGUUGAUUUCUGCUGCAAAAUCUUAUACGCUAGAAUUAGAAGCUAGAGAAACUAAAUCAGUUACUCCAAUUUCUUCGCCAUUGAGCAAAGCUACGAUUCUACUUAAAAUAAAGUCAGGUUUUCAGCAAUUACCAAGUUUCCAGGAAGAAUCUUAUACAGUGGACAUUCAAGAAAAUGCAGAAGGGGGGUCUCUUGUAACAAUUAUUAAAUUACCUGUUGACAAUGUGAAGUAUGAAUUAAUUGGUAAUGGUGCUAGCUUAUUUGAAAUUGGCGAAGAUAAUGGUGAAAUUAGGGUAAAAUUUUGCCCUUUACCAGGAAAAUCGAAUUGUAUAGACUAUGAGCAAAAGACUAGUUAUAACUUAAAUCUUAUUGCAAAAAAUAACAAAGGGCAAUCUCAAACAACACUUCUUUUGAUAAAUGUUAUUAACGCGAAUGAUGAAAAGCCAAAAUUCCUUGCAACGAAAUAUACAGCUUACACCAGAGAAGGAACUAUAAGACUAGAUCCACCUCUUAAUUUGAAAGCAAUCGAUAAAGAUGAGGACAGCCAAUUAGUAUAUUCGAUUAUAAAUUCAGAUGUGGCCAAUUCUUUUAAUAUCAAUUCAUUAACGGGAAAAUUGACCUUGAUUAAACCUUUGGACUACGAAUCAUCCAAAAAUGGAAUCUAUACAUUAACAAUUAGAGUUACUGAUGGAAAAAAUGUAGCUUCGGCUUUGGUAGAAAUUAACGUAAUGAAUGUAAAUGAGGCUGUUCCUGUCUUCAAAGACACUGUAAUAAAUGUUUUAGUUAAUGAAACAGUUAAUUUAGGAGAAAGAAUAGCUCAAUUUGAAGCCACUGAUGAAGACCUACCAAGCCAGAUUGAUUAUCGUAUCGGAAAUGGAAGCAGAGGUGACUUUAAUAUUACUCAAGAUGGACAAGUUCGAGUUACUAAUCAUCUGGAUUUUGAUCGCAACAAAAACUACUUAAUAACGGUAUCUAUCAUUUUCUCAUUAGCUGGAUUAUUAGAGGGUAUUCUUGCAACUGAUAGGGGACAACCGCAAAAGACAGCAACCGCAACCUUAUCAGUAAAUAUUCAAGAUAGGAAUAACAAAUAUCCGUAUUUUAAUCCAAUUACAACAAGGAUAAGUAUAGAAAGAAGUAUCCAAGUAUCAUCUGUUAUUAAGCAAAUGGAAGCCAUUGAUAUGGACAAUACAAUUCUCUCUUACAAGUUUAUAGAGCCAACACUGGCUUGGAACAGAUUUGGACAACUUGUUCAAAACAACCUGACUCAAGAAUAUUUUAAAAUUGAUGAAAAUGGACGAGUAUCGUUAAUAAAGAGUUUAGAAAAUAGUGAAAUUAGUCGAAUUCGUUUAACUAUACAAGCUUCUGACAUAGAAAGAGAAGAACAAACAGGAAUUGGAGUUUUAGAUAUAACGAUAAUAAGACGAAAUGAAAUAGCUCCAAAAUUUCCAAGUCCCUGGACACCUACGAACCGAAAUCUUUAUUUUUCUGUUCUGGAGAAUCAAGAUGCAGGUUAUUAUGUGGGAACUGUGACUGCGACUGAUCCAUUUGAUCACUUAGAUUCAUAUAGAAUAACUUUUGAGGAUAUACCUGGCUUGUUUGUGGUGGACAAGAAUGGAAUUCUACGCACUAGAACCUUAUUAGAUAGAGAAAAGAUAGACCAAUCUAUUAUUAGAGUUGUUGUUUCUGACAAUGGUAAACCUCAACUAUCUUCUACUGCUACAGUAACAAUUAACAUCAUAGAUAUAAAUGAUCAUACUCCUAUUUUUGACAAAAUAAACUAUGAUAAGACCAUCGACGAGAAUUUAGGGAAAAAUAAGUUUGUUCUUCAAGUUGGAGCGACAGACGGAGAUAAUGGCAAUUAUGGGGAUAUUACAUACACACUCAACGACGAUUUAGGAGCAUUCCAAAUUAACCCUACAACUGGAAGAAUAACUGUUAAGGAUCCAAGUAUUUUGGAUAGAGAGCAAAGAGAUGUCAUCUAUCUAACGGUUACAGCGACAGAUAGCCCAAAAGACACCAGCGUUUCUCGAUCUAGCAAAGUUAUCGUUAGAAUUUUUUUGCGAGAUUUGAACGAUAACAGACCAGUCUUCGACAAAACUGUAAGGGAUAAAAUAGAUAUUAUUGAGACAAUAUCUCCAGAUGAAAGUUUCCUAAAAGUAAUAGCCUCUGACAAGGAUUCAGGAGACAAUGGUAAAGUUAAAUAUCGAAUAGAAUCCGGAAACGACGAUGGGAUAUUUGAUAUUGAUCCAGAUACUGGGAAUGUUAAAGUAAAAAAAUCAUUAGUUGGUCAGUCAAACAAUUAUCAAUUAACUAUCGAAGCGAAGGACGAAGGCAAGCCAACACAACUAUCUUCAAAAUAUAAAAUCAAUAUACGAGUUUUAAAAUCUAAUAAUAACGCGCCAUAUUUUGUAAAACCGGAAAAUAAUAUUAUUCAAACGCAAGAGGAAGAAGGUCCUGGAGCUCUAAUAGUGAAAGUAGUAGCAGAAGACGACGAUAAAGAUGAAGUAACAUAUAGCUUCAUAGAAGAUGGAAAACCGUCACACGAAACCUCAUUGUUUAAAAUAGAUUUGUCAUUGGGAGAGAUCUAUUUAAAAGAACGAUUAGACAGGGAAAAGAAAAGUGUCCACGUUUUAGUAGUGCAGGCCAAAGACAAUGGUAUUCCUUCGAAAACUGCAACUAAAUACUUAAUUAUUAAUGUCACUGAUAUAGACGACCAUUCGCCCGAAUUUCUUUCCCAUAGGAAUUGCUGCUCCAUUCCAUAUAAAUUUUACGUCUCAGAAUCCAUACAAGUUAAUACAUCUAUUGGGAAAGUCAGAGCAAUUGAUAGAGAUGAAGGAAAAAAUGCCCAGUUUGAAUACUUGUUAAAAGAUAAAAAUUUACCAUUUCGUGUUGAUAAAUCUACAGGCGAAAUAAUUGCAAUAGAAGGACAAAUCGACUAUGAGAAGCAAUCUAAGUAUGUCUUCGAAAUACAAGCAAGUACAAAACCUGCGGAAGCCAGUUUAAAGUCAAACUGUAAAUGCAAAGAUAAUUCGAAAGUUAGAGUAACGGUAUAUGUAAAGAAUGAAGAAGAUGAAGAUAUUCAAUUUGACGACUCAGUUAAAGAUGUGUGUGUAACAGAUAGGACAAAAAUAGGAACACCCUUACUAGUUUUAGAAGCUAAAGAUCCAGAUGAUAUGGAUGCUUUAGAAUAUAGAUUAGUCAAAAAUUCGUCAAAAAUUUUCUUUUCUUUAAAUUCCCAAAGUGGCCUCUUAUCGACCGCAUCAGUUUUCGAUAGAAGGCUUCAAAAAUUACAUAAUAUUACGGUACGGGCGAGUAAUACUCUUAGUACAUCAUCUGCAGAACGCUAUGUGAAUGUUUGGGUAACUGAACACAGCAAGGAAAAAGUUGUAACAAUAAACGAGAAGGAAGAAGUUGUCCUUGAUAAACUUAACUAUUACAUGAAGAAGAUUGCAGAGAGGAAUGGAUUGGUUUGUGUGAUUCGUGUUGGAAAGCAUGUAACAAAUUCCGGAGAAGUUAACACUGAUAAAACGGAUGUUGUAAUUCAUGUGUUGCGAGAAGGUAUAGAUGUUGGAGCUGUGAAGGGAGAAGAUGAGCUAGCCAAUCUAGGAAUUAUAUUCAAAAAAUCUAAAACAGGUGCCGAACUGGAAAUACUUUGGGUUCUUCUGGCGGUUAUUUUAAUAUUUAUAAUUUGGACUCUUCUCUCUUUUAUAAUACUAUUUUGCUGUUGCUGCUGUCGUAAAGAUAAACAACAGCAUGUCCUUGUGGACAAUGUGAAUAAGGGUUUCGAUAUGCAAGAAGGACGAAUGAUACUAGACUAUAGCGACAAGGGCUCUUCAAAUUCGUUGAGGGACAUGUUAUCCGAUGACGAUAUUUACGUGAUAAAUAGUCAAUCGGCUAACGCACAGAGCUUCGCCACUAAUCAAAGUACGACUAACGAUUCCAAGCAAGUACGCAUAAUUGCCCCAUUAGUGUCUCGUCAGAAUGACGACGGCGAAUCUACAUUGCAAAAUAACGCUUCAAUUCCACCGCAUACUCUGCAAAUAACAGAUCAACAGAUUGGUGCUUAUUUGAGUGAUGGAACUACUAUGAAAUCAACUUCAUCGGGUGGUUUCAUUACGGUACCAUUCGUAUCGUUACCUUACAAAAUACUACAACGCCCCACCAGUAGUACAACUUAG